AAUGAGACGCCUUGCACCACACUGCAGCUGGCGGUGCGCAGGGAGCUCCCACUCACACCUCCCCGUGGUAUAAAACCCCGGCGUGCCGCAGCCCGCGCAGACCCAGGAGAGCCCGUGGAGCAGCUUCCCGAGAUCCCAUUGGAGAGGACAGCCCCACCACUGCUGCCACCGAGGACCUCCAGCCGCCGCGAGGAGCAGCAUGGGCCAGUGCAACUGCCGCAAGAAGCGCAAGGACUGCCAGGAGCUGACAGAUGUGGAGCGAGCCAUUGAGACUGUCAUCAACCAGUUCCACUGCUACGCGGUGAAGGGGCAGAAGGAGUACCUGACGCCCAAUGAGAUGCAGGAGCUGGUGGCACAGAAGCUGCCCCAUCUGGGAAAGUGUGUUGGACCGCUGGAGGAGAAGAUUGAAUGCAUGGGGAACCCUGACGAGGCCAAGCUGGAGUUUGGAGAGUACUGGGACAUGAUGGGGGAUGCGGCCAAGGGCUGCCGGAGGAAGUAGAGGGUGGUGGGGGACGGGAAGGCACCCGAAGCCUCAGGCUCUGCACCGAGAAGCGCGAGAGGCUGCUGGUCACAGAGGGAUGCAUCUGGGAAUAUACAGCAUUGCUCCUGCUGGGGCUCAUCUCCUCACCGCAUCCCUGGCCGGGGUGGUGGGAUCCCCCUCCCCGGCUCCAUCCCUGCCCUCUCUCGGUUCUCCUUUACAGCAGGAAAGCUCCCUUCCCACCCCCAGCUCUGCCCCGUGCCGUGGCAGGAGGGAGGUGGCAAGAGGGUUCCUGGCCCUGGCUCUGGAGGUGCCUUUCUCCGUCCUUUGCUCCAGAGCCUUUUCCCCCUCAGUCUGUCCCACCUCCGGCCCCAAAACCCCUCCGGUUGCAGGUCCCCCAGCCCUGGAGCAUCGCAGCGAGAGGGAUUCGUCUCCUUUCCCCUCAAAACCUCUUGGAAGUGUGGGCUUGUACCCCUGCCGCCUGAUGGGAGCCCAGAUCCUGCCUCGUAAACUGAGCACCUUUGGGGACAUCCCAGGGUUCUGGGCCAACACCAUCGUCGCCGUGCAUGGCCUGGGUGCAUUCCCUGCUCUUCCCCCGGUGCAGAGAUUACAGCGCCCUGUGCCUGCCCACACGGUUUGGGGUGCUACGCCGUGGUGUGCUGCCUGCACGGUGCUCCCCCAGCUGCCCCUCUCCAGGGAUGCUGGCCCCGGGCGAGCGGCUGGGCUCGGCGCUGGGACGGUGGCGGAUUGGUGUCAGCUUGCGUCACUUGCAACCAUUUUUGUAUAAAUUAAUAAAGGAAAACACUGGAAAAAAAAAGUCAG